CUGAAAGCUCUUUAUCAAAAGAUAAUAAUAUGCCAACAAUAAACGACUCCUCGGAAGAGGUUUUGCAGUCAAUCGGAAAGCACACCACGAAAAUAGGAUCAGAAGAAUUGCGUGACAAAUGUCUGAAUAAUGCAGAAGAAGUGGCAGAGGAUUCAAAAACCACUGAUGCUGACAUGGUCAAGACAGUUCCUUAUUCCAUCACUGUCCCCAGAAAUGACGAGGUAGAUGACGAGAGAUUCACCCCGGUAACAGAUAAGAGUGUAACCCCGGCUCCUGUCAGUCCUGCCCUAGCUCCUAAACCUAAUUCUGCAGAGGAGGGCCCGAGUGAAGAGCCAGGACCAGAUGAGGAGAUCCGUAUCUCGUCCAGACCCAGCAGUGCUUCUCCUGCUAGGCUCAGGUCCGCAGGGAAAGAGAAAUCACCAAGCGAAGUUUUGAAGUUUAAGGCUAUGCCUCAACAUUCUGAUCUACUCAAUCUGUAUACUGCGAAAUCAUCUCCGAAAAACCAGCAGAAACCUAUUUCUUUCAGAGAGCUUACUGCAGAAUUCGACAGGAUGCUAAAGCCACUGAGUCAGCAAUAUGCGGCCAAUUCUACACAAGGUAACUCAGAUGACUGGUAUUACGACACAAGUGGAGAUUGUGAGCAUCCAGUACUGGCUGUGGAGCCUAGAAACCCUGCUACUCCUCCUACUUCCUUCAAAAUUCACAAACAAAGAACGGUAAUAAAGCCCGGUUACACCUAUCUGGAACCAGUUCUCAUGGAUGUACCUAUGAGUCCUGAGUACAGCGAACAAGGUAUUGAGAAUCUGCUGGAGAUAGCAGCGAACAUGAAACCCAUCCCACCAAGGAUUGACAACUUUACCCACCACCCGCCAUCCCGUCACCUCUUGAAGCCGUGCUACUACAGUCCCCGUCUUAACAAACCAGCUGUUCGUAAACCAAAACAAAACAUCGCCUUAAACAGCAAAUUCACCAGCCACUCAAAGUGCAGCACAGCUAAUAUUGACAUGUGAGAUGGAUCUCUGGAGUAGUUCAACUCCAUGAGCAAGACUUUACGGACUUGAACAAUUGUGAUUUGGUUUUAAGGCCGUACUUGUGACAGACUGUUAUUUCGCUGUAUAGGCAGCGAAUUGAAUCAUUAGACUUGGAUUUUAGUGUUUUCGAUGUUUAUCAGGCGAGGAAAAGUGGUUGAAAACUUCAAAGAUGGAGAGAGCUCAUUAAAAGAGUUAUCUUCCUUAUUUCAGUCAUGAAUUAAAAAAUCAAACAUUCAUGAAAAUUGGAUAUUUGAUUGACUAAAAAAUACAAUUAUCAAUUAUUAAACUUCGAAUUGACUAAAAAUGUUAUUGAUUUUAUUUGAACAAUUCCUUUUACAGAAAAAGAAACUAUCAAAAUUUUCACCUUCCCACACGAAGAGCUGACAGGAAAGAUUUAAAAUUAAUGUCUCAGAUUUUUUUUCAGUAAUUGAAUGUUAAGUGCUUGUAAAUUAUUAUGGAUUUUGAGUAAUGAUUUCAGAUUGAUUUUGAGAGAGUGAUUUAGUCACAGGAAAUUCUGAUUUGCAGUUUAGAUUUCCUUUUUUGUAGAUUUCAGCUAAAUUGUUUCAGAAAACA